GGAGACGCGAGCUUCGUAGCCCUUCGUGCCUGGAGCUUCAGCUGCUGAUGCAAGCCAGCCUCACCUCCACCAUUCCAGACCUCCCCGUCAACUGCCCCGCGACACUGUGAUCUUGCCGAUUUACCCUGACACCAAGCCGCCGAAGCGCAUUCCUGGUAUAAGACAGUAGAUAACUCGUCACCCCACAACACCGUCAAGAUGUUUAUGGCAAGAUCAGAAUAUGACCGGGGCAUCAACACCUUCUCCCCCGAAGGGCGCCUCUUCCAAGUCGAGUACUCGCUCGAAGCAAUCAAGCUCGGCUCGACGGCCAUCGGCGUGGCGACGUCAGAAGGCGUGAUCCUGGGCGUGGAGAAGCGGGUGACGUCGCCGCUGCUCGAGACGUCGUCGGUCGAGAAGAUCGUCGAGAUCGACCGGCACAUCGGGUGCGCCAUGUCGGGCUUGCAGGCCGACGCGCGGUCGAUGGUGGAGCACGCCCGCGUCGAGUGCCAGUCGCACGCCUUCAACUACAACGAGAAGCUGCGCGUCGAGAGCUGCACGCAGGCCAUCUGCGACCUGGCGCUGCGGUUCGGCGAGUCGGCCGACGGCGAGGAGAGCAUCAUGAGCCGCCCCUUCGGCGUGGCGCUGCUGAUCGCCGGCUACGACGAGGACGGGCCGUCGCUGUACCAUGCCGAGCCGUCGGGGACGUUUUACCGUUAUGAUGCCAAGGCGAUCGGGAGCGGGAGCGAGGGCGCCCAGGCCGAGCUGCAGAACGAGUAUCACAAGUCCCUCACCAUCGCCGACGCCGAAACGCUCGUGCUCAAGACCCUCAAGCAGGUCAUGGAGGAGAAGCUCGAUUCCAAGAAUGUGCAAUUGGCCAGCGUUACCAAGGACCGCGGCUUCAGAAUAUACACGGACGAGGAGAUGGCCGCCGUUGUAGAGAGGCUGCCGGCCAAUUAGACACUCGGGUGAUUGGCGGGGAGAAGGAGUGUAUGUAGGAAAACACGACAACGAAAUGGGGUUUAGCACCCUGGUUCAAUCUGCAUUCUACACGGCAGAGUGAUGAUGUGGAGCAGCUGAGGCAAUAGACAACCAAAGUUGAACA